AUGGCGCUGAAGGAAGCCUUCUCAACCUUCACUUAUACUUUCACUAGCAACGGACGGAGCGAGUUUUAUACCUCGACUACCGUAGUCCAGAGCUUGAUCAUCGCGGUCGCCGUCUUCGCCUUCGGUCUGGUUUACGCGCUGGUUGGACGAAAUGCCCUGUACUCUGGCUUCCCGCUCGUGAGGGCAAACGAGGACUCAAAGUACACCUACGCGGAGGCGCAGGCGGAGUGGAACGUAGACGGGCACAGGCUCAUCGAAAAGGGACUCAAACAGGAGUUCUUUGGGGACUAUCCGGGCUUCGAAGCGUUUAGAAUCCUGAAGGAGAGAGAUAUCUUUCAGGAGGCCAUCCGGAUCAGGCUCACGCAGUCAUUGAAUUUCGUCACCGAAGAACUUGCCUCGGAAGCUCAUGAAGUCUGCAGCGAGGCUCUAGGGGAAAGCGAAGAAUGGAAAGAAGUCCGCAUCAAGCAAACCGUCAUGGACCUAGUCGCACGCGUCUCGCAGCGCGUCUUCAUCGGGCCCGACGCGUGCCGCAACGACGAGUGGCUGACCAUCACCAAGCGCUACACGGUCGACUCGCUCAACGCGGCGCGCGAGCUGCGCAAGUGGUCGCCCCUCCUCCGUCCCUGGGUGCACUGGUUCCUGCCGUCGUGCCGGCGCGUUCGCGCGGAGUCGGCCGCUGCGCGCCGCAUCGUGCACCCCAUCGUCGCCGCGCGCCGCGAGCGGAACCGCCUCGCUCGCGAACGCGGCGAGAAGGGCGUCGCUAAGGUGGCGGAUGCGGUGGGGUGGUUGGAUGAGAGUGCGAGGGGUAGGCCGUUCGAUAUCGCGUAUGGCCAGCUGGCGUUUGCGGUGGCGGCGACGUUUACGACGACGGAAUUGACGACGAUUUGUAUGUUGAAUUUGUGCGCGUAUCCGGAGUACGUGCAGCCGUUGCGGGAGGAGAUUGUGGAGGUGUUGGGCGAGACGGGGUGGAAGAAGGCGGCGUUGCAGAAGUUGAGGUUGAUGGAUAGCUUUGUCAAGGAGUCGCAGCGGCUGCAGCACGAGGUCAGAGCAACCAUAACCCGCCGCGCCAAACAAACCAUCACCCUCUCCGACGGCACCGUCAUCCCCAAAGACGCCAUGCUCUUCGUCAGCACCGACACGGCCAUGGACCCGUCCGUGUUCCCCGACCCGCACGUCUUCAACGGCCGCCGCUUCAUGGAGAUGCGCGCGCGGCCCGGGCAGGAGAACCGGUGGCAGCUGGCGACGACGAGCGCCGAGCACCUCGGCUUCGGCCAUGGCCAGCACGCCUGCCCGGGCCGCUUCUUCGCCGCAAACGAGAUCAAGGUGCUGCUCAUCUUCAUGCUCAUGAAGUACGACUGGCGCCUGCCCGAGGGCCAGUCGCCCGUGCCCGACAUCAGGCGCUUCGCUCACGAGAAGUUUGUGAACCCGGAGGCGAAGUUGAUGGUGAGGAGGCGGGAGGAGGAGAUUGAGAUUUGA